GCCAGUGCAUGAGAGAGAGAGAGAGAGAGAGAGAGCAAAAAAAGGGGGUUAAACAUGGAUACGAGUUUAGGAGAGAGUUUUAAACUAGUCCCGAUACCGAAGUGAAGAAACCACCAGCUCCUGACUGACCACAAACUGGACGCUAUUAUGCCCAGCGCAAACGUGUCGGUGCGAAGUUUGUCUGAAGUCGAGAAGUACAUCAGCAGGAGCAGCAGCAGCAGCCGGAUGGACCGGAGUAGCGAGGGCAGUUUUAUAGGCCUCCCUCUGUCAAUGCGCCGGGGCUCUUCAGAGAACAAUCUGGAUCUGGACCUCAGUGACGGAGGUCCCUGUCAUGGUUUUGGCUUUGAGGUCCAGCGUAGUCGCUCAUGCUUGGACAACCUCCAGCAAAAGAUACUGAAAGUCACAGAACAGCUAAAGAUCGAGCAAACGACGCGAGAUGAGAAUUUAGCCGAGUAUCUGAAGCUGGUAAACAGUGCGGACAAGCAACAGGUGGGGCGCAUCAAGCAGGUGUUUGAGAAAAAGAACCAGAAGUCAGCUCAGAACAUUGCCCAGAUGCAAAAGAAGCUGGAGCUGUACCAUCGAAAGAUGAAAGACAGCGAAACCUAUCAAAGCCCUCCUGCUCGUGCUUCGUCUGUCAAACACAGCACCAUACCCCGGGAGUCACCCAGACAGCUGAGGGACAUGACAGGCAGUGGCCGACACCCGACCAUGGACAAGAUCAAAACCAUUGGGCCAGGUGUUUCGCUAUCUCCUCCUUUCUUCUUCAGCAAGCCCAGAGAGUUCGCCAACCUCAUCAGGAACAAGUUUGGCAGCGCUGAUAACAUUGCCCACCUCAAAAGCACUCUGGACUCUUCUUCUUCAUUGCCCACUGACACUGAUGGAAAGGGACUGAGUAGCAGCACCUCGAUGGUGGGCAAACCCAAGUAUCCCAGUGAUGAUGAGUGCUCCUCAGGUAGUGCUUCUGUUUCAGACAGUAACGGGAACCCAGCAGGGCCAGGAGCGUCUGCAGGGCAGUGUCAGGGCCAGGGUAAGGGGGACCAAACAGGGGGAGACAACCAGAGCAGACUGGCCCUGAGCCUGGAGGAGGUGAGGGAGAUUAAAGAUGCCCAGAAUCAGCUCGAAGAGGAUAUAGAGGAGUUAAAAGCACAAUUCAAGAGAGAGUAUGGCAUUAUCAGCCAAACACUGCAGGAUGAGAGAUACAGGUAUGAGCGUUUGGAAGACCAGCUGAAUGACCUGACAGAACUUCACCAGCAUGAGAUGGCAAAUCUGAAGCAGGAACUGGCCAGCAUUGAGGAGAGGGUGGCCUACCAGGCUCACGAAAGGGCCAGGGACAUACAGGAAGCCCUCGAGUCGUGUCAGACUCGCGUGUCCAAGCUGGAGCUCCAGCAGCAGCAGCAGCAGCAGACGGUCCAACUCGAGACCCGUGACGCCCGAGUCUUGCUGGGGAAGAGCAUCAACAUCAUGGUGGCCAUCAUUACCGUCAUCCUGGUGUGUGUAUCCACUGCUGCCAAGUUUGCCGCUCCACUGAUGAGGAGCCGGUAUCAUGUGGUAGCUACCUUCCUGGGGAUUUGUUUUUUGACCAUAUUUUGGAAGAACUGGGACCGUUUACAGUAUGCCUUAGACAGGUUGUUGAUGCCUGCUUAAUAUUAAAGAAAACACACUGAAAAUAUCAUUAAGACGGAUGCUGUCAGUUGUCAGGACAGUCUGAGAGGAUUGGUUGUACAAUCAUCAGAAGAUGUGAUCGCGAUGCAAUUACAGAGAUCUCUCUUUUUUUUAGUCAGACUGAAAUAAAAUUCUUUUGAUUUUUUUUUUCUCCUCUAGAACUUGAAUGUGUGUAACAAAAUAACUCAUAACAUUGAAAUUAUAUUUACAUGACAGCAAACUUUGCUAGUUAUCUGGUGAUUGCUCUGAAAUCAUAAGAAAACAGAGGGUUAAGAGGGGUGAGGAAAAAGUAGGAGUCACUGUUUUUAUGUAAAUAAUCUAUAAAAGAGGUAAAAAUGUGCAAUUUCAUUUGCUGUCAGCUUCAUUUUAACAUAAAUCAAACUGCAUGCAUGCAUAUGUGCUUGAAGAUGACCUCAGUCUUAGUGCCUUGUUGGCCAUGCAUAUGAAAUUGUAAUCCUUUUGAAGAGGAAUGCUUCUAUAUUUGGGAAAAUUUGCAGUUAUUUCCUAUUCAACUUUCUAAAAAUGAGCCAGCAGUUUACAAAAAGUACGAACUGUUACAUGUUUUUUUUUUUGGGUUUUUUUUUUUGAGGUUUUGUUGCUGGUAGAUAGAUUUUGUUACCUUUUGGACCAAGCCAGCAAAACAGUUUCUUACUGUCCUCAGGCUUAGUUUUAAGGUUGCAUGAGAAUGAAUGAGCAUGUUUUUCUAAUCGAUGAAAUAUUUCUUUCACUGGAGAAUCUACACACAAAAUCAGAGACACUUUGUUUAUUCCUUAUUACCUUGUCUUGAAGUGCAAUAUAUUUGAUUUCCAGAGCACAGUUUUUAAAAUAGUUGUUUUAGGAGUGACUGUUUUUUUUUUUUUUUUUUUUUUUUUGUACAUCAGUGUUUUAAAUGAGUGACAGGGUUCUGGAUGAGGAAACAACACUAAUGUUAACAUGAGAGAUCCAUAACCACGGAAGUCGCUGCUGGGCACUUACAAGACCAGCUGUCUCUUCUCUCAAGGGCCAAAAAAAAAUCAAUCCAUCUGCAUUAGCUCAUGCUAGUAACAUAGUAUCAGCACACACCAGCUCUCCAGUGCAGACAGACUUGGUUCACUGUAUAUACAGUAAAUUAUGUCUUAGGAUUUGUUUUUUUCCCCCCACUCAGUGUUGGACUUUUACUAAUAAUGUGACAGAGAGGUGAUGGGUUAUACUGUGAUGCAAUGCCUUUUUUUCUGAGGAAAGGUGCAGUUCCCUUUCUCAAAGGAGCAGCAAAAAAAGAAAAGAAAAAAGCCUUCAUUACUCAGAGCAGAGGAGCAGGUGAAAAGCUCUCAGUGAAAAACUACAAACCUAUUUUUUUGGGGGGG